CAACACUGGUAGAAUGAACAACAUUUAUGGUAUGCAAAACCCUGAUGGUAUGAACAACACUGGUAUUAUGAACAACACUAAUGGCAUGAACAACACUGGUAGUUUAAACAACACUAAUGGUAUGAACAACACAAAUGGAUUGAACAACAAUUAUGGUUUGAACAACACUAAUGGUAUGAACAACACAAAUGGUAUCCACAACACUAAUGAUAUGAACAACACUGGUAUUAUGAACAUCACUGGUAGUAUAAACAACAUAAAUGGUAUCCACAACACUGAUGGUAUGACCAACACAAAUGGUAUACUCAACACUGAUAGUAUGAACAACAUUUAUGGUAUAAACAACACUUAUGGUAUGAACAACACUUAUGACAUAAACAACACUAAUGAUAUGAACAAUACUAAUGGCAUGAACAACACUAAUGUUAUGAUCAACACUGGUGAUAGGAACAACACAAAUGGUAUACUCAACACUCAUGGUUUGAACAACACUGGUAUCAUGAACAACACUGGUAGUAUGAACAACCCAAUUGGUAUAAACAACAUUUAUGGUAUGAACAACACUUAUGACAUGAACAACACUAAUGCUAUGAACAACACUAGUGGUAGGAACAACACUUAUGGUAACCUUAUGAACAUCACUAAUAAUAUGAACAACAAUGAUGGUAUGAACAACACUGAUGGUAUGAACAACACUAAUGAUAUGAACAAUACUGGUGGUAUUAACAACAUUAAUGGUAUGAACAACACUAAUGAUAUGAACAAUACUGGUGGUAUUAACAACAUUAAUGGUAUGAACAACACAAAUGAUAUUAACAACACUGAUGGUAUGAAUAACACUGAUGGUAUGAACAACACUGAUGGUAUGAACAACACUGAUGAUAGGAACAACACUGAUGAUAGGAACAACACUGAUGGUAUUAACAACACUGAUGGUAUGUACAGCUCUGACAUCAUGGCUGAUAUUGUUGACUUAACGUCAAAGUAUUGUUUAGAAAACCAAAUGACAGAUCCAGUUGAUAUUUUGAGGUACUUUCAAUCCAAAGUUGUGACCGGGAGAAGACUGGACAUUGAAAAUAUUGCAGAAGUAAUAGAGGGAAACACAAAUUUUAUAUUGAUAGACCGUAACAGACUUAUUCAGUCUGCCAUCGAGGAGAUCGAAUGCAUAGAAAACCCGAGGAUGUGUCUGGAGGUGCAGUUUUAUGGAGAAGAAUCAGUGGAUUUUGGAGGACCGAGAAAAGAGUUUUUUGUAUUAGCCCUGAGGGAAAUGAAGGACCAAUAUUUCAAUCCUAUUCGCGAAUGGUCGAAGGACUAUGAAGUAUUAGGCAAAAUAAUGGCCCUUAGUCUUCUCCAAAACGGCAAGCUGCCUCGAGUGUUCAGCCCUGAACUCACUGAUGAAGUAUUCAACGGAGUUGCACCAAGGCAAUUUGUAAAAGAUCUGAGAUCUGGACUUGAUGCUCUCGGAAUUUAUGAGCUGGCAAAGAAACUUCCAUGUUUAGUGCAUCUGUUUACACCAGGCGCACAACAUCCAAUCACAGUGAAACAGAUUACCCACCUGCUACAACCACAGUUUAGUCCUAAUGGCUCCAACAGGAGGAAAAUAGAGUCAGGAAUGUUUGCAAACUUCAUAAAGUAUAUGCGUGAAGUAGCAAGUGGUCGCAGAGGCGCAGUAACUCUACAGAACAUCCUACAGUUUGUGACAGGGGCAGAUGAGGAGCCAGUCCUUGGAUAUGCAAUUAAGCCUUCCAUUGAGUUUGCCCUCACUGCGACAUCAUAUCUUCCAACAUCAAACACAUGCAUCAACAAGUUAAACUUGUUUAUUCCAGAGAAUGGGGAUGACGUGCCCACAACUGAAAUAUUAUUUGGGCUAUUUGAUUAUUCAUUCUCAAAUAACUACUUUGGUUUGCAGUGAAAAAUUGUCAACAAACAAAGUUUUUGUCACUUCAUUUUAAGUGUGCAUGCAGUUGCACUCUAUUGUUUACUUUCAUUUUAUACAAUUACAAUUUAAGAAAAACUUCGGUACCUUUUAAAUAUAUUAAACUCCCAGUACAAAUUUAAUGGAAGCCAGGAGUUGUUCAUCAUUGAUGUCUUCGUUUCAUUAAAUUCAA